UCGCCUCGUCGUCGUCGUCGUCGUCGUAGUCUGUUGAUUCGGUUACCGUGGCUGCUGUAUUUGCUCAACUCAAGUCAAAUGUUUGAAAAAAAAUUAACUUGUGCAGUUUGAAAUAGUUAACAAAAUCCUUUUAUAAACGAUUGAAUCAAUCAGCGUUACGCGAUACAUCUUAUCAGUAUCAGCUACAAUGAUUGAGUCUUGCUCAAAAAAACGUAUGCUGUUGGGUAUAACACUGUUGGGGGGGUUAACAAUUCUAGUGCUGAUUGUGGAAAGCCAUUGGACAGACAGUACUGGAAAUACCUUGGUAGUAAGAAAUACUGAAGCAAACUCCACUUGUUCACCUGGUGAAAGUUUUAAAGUGGUUUCCGAAUGCGUACCCUGUACGGCUUUUGAAAUAGCUAGUGAGAGUUCCAUUGCUUGUAAAAAAGGAAGGUUUAAAGAAGUCAUUGAAUGUAAUUCUGGUGAUAAAAUUACUCGGAGUUGUGACAAGGUUGCAUGGUUAGAGGAAAGAGCAUUUUGGCAGUUUGAGAGUUUAACUUUUGUCGGAGCUGUACUGUCGUGUAUCACAGUCUUUUGGAGAGAAAACGUUCUUAGACAAAGAAUAGUAAGAAAGGUAGCAAGGCAGUUGAGAGGGAGUGUGUGACCGUUUGUUGAA